UCUUAUCAGUUGCAGCAGAGUUAUCGUGUAAAAAAUGGCGACCAAGGGGAGUACAUCGGACGCAUCGGAUGAACUGUUUGACUAUUUAUGUUCUCCAUGUAACAAACAAGACAAGAAUAGUGAGGCAGUGAAGUAUUGUGUGGACUGUCAGGAGUAUCUGUGUGUAACUUGUGUUAAAAGUCACAAUAGUUUUUCUGUCCUAGCUGGACAUACAUUGGUUGAAAGGUCAAAGUUUGGAAAUGCAAGUAGAACAGACAGCAAGGAAUUGCCGUCGGUGCCGACAGAGCGAUGCAAAGUUCACUCAUUGAAGCUCGUGGACAUGUUCUGUGCUGAUCAUGACACGGUUGGUUGUCAUGUCUGCUUUACGAUCAAUCAUAAGCCGUGUCAAGAUAUCCACUACAUUCCCGAGUAUGUUGAAACGACUAAACAGGCUGAAAGUAUCAGAAAGAUGAAUGAUGAGAUGGACAAAGCAAUUUCUAAAAUGGAUAACUUGAUGAAAAAUAAACAGAAAGAUAGAGAAGAUAAAAAGAAAACAACGGCUGCCUUGUUAAAAGAAAUCAAAGCAUUUAGGAAGAAAGUUAACGAAGUUUUAGAUCGACUGGAACAAGCUUUUGUCGCUGAAGUAGAAGGGAAAUGCGGUAAACAGGAUCAAGAAUUUCGAGAAGAAUUGAAGAAUAUACAGGAUACUCUUGAUAAACUUACUACAUGUAAAGCCGAAAUGGAAUCAUCACAGAGGAAUCCUUCGCAGCAGUUUGUUAAUAUGAAGAAAUCCGAGAAUAUAAUAUCAGAUAUUAAAAAGGCCGGAUCACGAACUGCAGAUAAAGUGAAAGAUAGUCUAUUGUUUGAAAGAAAUUCAUAGAUCCUUCAUUUCCUUCAAAAUCAUGAAUCACUUGCAAAGACGCCACUUCUAAUGAAGCAUGGGCUUUACGAAGUUCAAAGCAAGCAAAGCUACAAUGUAAAGUUGAAUGACGACGUCAGUACUUGUAAUUUUUGGUCUUCUUGUGUACUUGACUCGGGCGAUAUAUUGUUAGCAGAUUAUGAAAACCGGAAAAUAAAACUGAUUGACUGUGAAACUUAUGAAGCACGAAAAACAAUAAAGAUGUCCGCCUCGCCACAAUCUGUUUGCAAGAUUAGUAGUGUGGAAGCUGUGGUAAGUCUUGGAAACAAAACAGUACAGUUUGUGUCUACCAAGAAUGAGCUGGUGCCUACACGCUCUCUGACGUUUGACCAUGAUUGUCGAGGUAUUGCUGUCAUGGAUUGUCAACUUGUGAUUUGUGAAAAUGGUAACGAAGCUUAUAUCUAUACAAUGAGUGGAAGUCGUCUAAAUAUCAUCCAGAAAGACACAACCGGAAAUAAUAUAUUUAGUCACAUCCGCGAGGUUUGCGUAAGUGACAACGGUAGGACAAUUCACGUCGUUGAUAGUAAUAGAGAUCUGGUAACUAUAGAUAGAGACGGUAAUGUGGUCUGGAGAUUUUGUGGUCAAGACCUGAAGAGCGCCUGGGGAGUAUGUACAGAUGGAAACUGUAACGUGUUUGUGAGUGGUGCGUCAUCGAAAAAUGUUGUACAACUAAGACCUGAUGGGAAGUUACUAGGAGAAGUUGUCACGAAAGCGCAUGGUUGAGAAUGUCCACAUGCUGUGUGCUUUAAUGCGAAAAGAUGCAAGCUGUUUGUUUCAGAUGGAAACGAGCUGCAAGUGUUUCACGUUCAAUAGACAUUAUUCUGAUUUACGCAAAUAAGAACUAACAUUACACAUAAAACCUUUCGAUUUACUAAAAUAUAAUUAUCUAUGUGCAUAAGUUCUAUGUUUUAAUUCUAAUACAUUGCUAAAGGUUUCGUCUUUAUUCACAGAACUGAUUCCAUUGCUUUUAUGAGUCAAUUUUUGAACACUUUAGGAAAUAAAAUUUUCUGCCUGAAUCUAUAUACUGCAUAUGAGUAAGGAAAACGUGAAAACUGGAUAUGAUAUUUGGUACAUUAUAGAUAUUUGUAAGUGUUCAUCCUCUUGAUCUGCUUGCAUUCUUCAACGGAAUAUAACUCAGAUUUAUUAAAUACUGAUUUAUUUUUUUUCACAAACGUCAUUUUCAGGAAACCUAAUUAAUACCAAGAAUCUACCGAAAACUAGAUAUUGUCCAAAAAUUGAUUAAUAAGAAUUUCAUAUCACUCUUUUGCAAUAAAGAAAAUAAGAAUUUCAUAUAACUCUUUUGCAAUAAAGAAAGCGUCACAGAAAGUCAUAUUCUAUGCAUAUGCUAACAUAUGUACUUCUGAUAAUGAUUAUACUUUAUGCUUCAGAUUUUCAGGCAAAAGUGUUAAUAUAUCUGUAAUGUGUUUAUAUUGAAAGGUUGUGUAAUCUUGCCUAUAAAACUGGAAUAAAUUAUAACAUUUA